AUGUCCUUUUUAUAUUUGUACUGUGUCAUUGUGAUGUUAACCUUUGCAACUGAAGUGUUUGGAAGUGAAUCGGACAAUCAACCCAAGAUUAUGUCCAAACAAGGUACCCUCAUACUACAAGCAUCCCUAAAUCGCAACAUUAGCUUACGUUUGGAGCAUGGAUCAUCUUCCCUACUGAUCAACAAUGUCAAUGUCAUGCAGAAAUUGCAUGAAAACCAAAGUCCAAGUAAAGCGAAUAACGGGGAGGACGAUAUAUUAGUGCUGCCAACCUCCAAAGAGUUUCGAGAUGGUUUUAAUGCUCUACGCAGCGACAUCGAUCGUUUGUCCCAGCUUAUGUCAUCCUUUCAAAAUCGAUCACGACAUGCAUGGCAAAGGAAUCAAAUAUUAAGAAAUUUGGUUCGUUUGGGACGUUUGAGUGGUCGUCUGGUAGCUUUACAGAUGAACUUGGCCAUAGAUGAAUGCGCUGUGGCAACAAAUCCCUGUAAAAAUGGUGGAACUUGCUUUGAUGGAUAUAAGGAUUAUCAUUGUGAAUGUCCAGAGGGGUGGAGGGGUAAAACCUGUCAGGAAGAUGUCGAUGAAUGCUAUCUUUGGGCUGGAUCAGAUUUGGGUUGCCAAAAUAACGCCAUCUGCACCAAUACUCCGGGAGGCUACAAAUGCACAUGCCCCAAGGGCUUCACAGGAACUCAUUGCCGUCUUCGAACACUUAUUUGCCAGCAACCAUCAUCAGCGGAAUUAUGUGGGCAUGGUAUAUGUGUUCCAGCGAAUAAUCAUCAGGGGUACACUUGCAUAUGUGAUCAGGGUUGGACUCGAAAUACCACAGCUGGAGUGAAUUCAAGCGCAUCCUUGGCAUGCGAAGUGGAUGUGGAUGAGUGUGAGACUUCGACGAAUCCAUGCCAUGGUGCAUGUAUUAACUUACCAGGGAGUUUUAAAUGUGGUCCCUGUCCCCCUGGAUACACAGGCAAUGGUAUGACUUGCCUGGAUAUCGAUGAGUGUGUCACGAACAAUGGUGGAUGCAGUUUACAGCCCAAAGUUCGUUGCAUAAAUACAGAGGGUUCCCAUCACUGUGGUCGAUGUCCCCUGGGCUGGGUGGGAGAUGGUCAUUCAUGUGAGUUGGCCCCUUCGAACUCUUGUGAUGUGGAAAAUAUUUGUUAUGCCCAAGCCAAGUGUGAGCUCAUUUCUAAUGUGGUCACUUGCACUUGCCCUCACGGCAUGUUUGGUCAUGGCUUUGGACCAAAAGGAUGCGAACCAAGUCCCCUGGCCGAUUCUUGUGAGAAACAUAUAUGUCAGAACAAUGGCACUUGCUUGACACGAGGUCGUGGCACCAGCUGCAUAUGUCCAGAUGGCUAUUCUGGCGCCUUAUGCGAGACUGCCGAUAGCUGUCAUCCCAAUCCAUGUGAAAAUGGAGGAUCUUGUAAAACUCAAUCGAAUCAAUCGUUUAAGUGUACAUGCCAACGCGGCAGCACCGGAAAGCGAUGUGAAGUUGUACGCAGCGUCUGCGGCACUAUACAGCAAAAAUCCCAGGGGGAACUCACCUAUCCCACCGAUGGCUCCACAGAGUAUGCCCCAGAUGAGAGAUGUGCUUGGAUUGUACGCACUGAUCUGAAACAAAUUUUGAAUUUAACUUUUACAUCAUUCGAUGUGGAAGAGGAUCCUGGAUGCACUCAUGAUUGGCUGCAAAUACACGAUGGAUCCUCCUUAACUUCGCAGUUGAUAGGGCGCUUUUGCGGCAAGGAUUUGCCAUUGGGAGGCAACAUAUUGUCCUCACAGCAUACCUUGUUCUUUUGGUUUCGUUCGAACAAUGCCACCAAUAGACCAGGUUUCCAUAUGACCUGGCAUUCGCAGCCCCAUGUGUGUGGUGACAUUCAAGAAGUCAAUUUCAAAGAUGAGGGCAUUCUGCGUUCCCCUGGAUAUCCGGGCAAAAUGCCAGCCCAUCGAGAGUGUCAAUGGGAGCUUUCGGCCCCAUUUGGAUAUCGCUUUGCUUUAAGGCUGUUUGACGUCACCAUGGGUUCUGUGGCCAAUUGUGGAGGUGAUACCUUUAAGAUAUAUGAUGGAGACUUGCUAUUGAAGGAAUAUUGCAAGUCCACAUCCUCUGAACAUCUAACAACAUCAACGAAUAAACUCAAAUUACAUUUCCAUACCGAUCAAUACGGCUCAGACAGUAGCUUUCAGCUGCACUAUGAGGUAGAGUCGGCCACACCCCAUUGUGGUGGCACAUUCACACAAGCUUCCGGCAUGAUUGCUGUACCUGUUGGAGAAGCUGGCAUUUGCCUAUACCUUAUACAACAGCCUCCCAAUAUUCAAAUACGUUUGGAAUUUGAAAAUCGACAUAUCUUCGAAUCGGAAAAUUGCAAUUUGAAUAGCCUUGAGAUAUUCGAUGGCAAAACGGACGAAGAUUCUAGAUUAGCCAUCAAUUGUGGUGGUCAAAGCCAGGCACCCCUUAAGUCUACCUCAAAUUCUAUUCUUAUUCGGUAUAUGAAUAAACUACCCAGCAAUAAUAACGAAGGCACUUUUAAGGUGAAGUAUACUCGAGUUUGUGAAUUUGUGUACUCGGGAUCUGAACCUGGCAUCAUUACCACACCCAACUAUCCAAAUGGGUAUACAGAUGAAAUUCUCUGCACCUACCGCAUAUAUGGUCCUGUCAGAUACGUAGUGCACGCUAACUUUACGGACAUAUUUUUAGAAGAAACUGAACCACUGGCUAAUAUUGGAAACAAUGAUGCUACAUUAGUCACAAACAAUGGAACCAUUGAACACAAAACUUAUCUUGAGAUACAUCUUUCGGAGGUAACUAAGCGGCUAUACUACAAAGCAGCUCCCAUGGAACUAUUUUCGGAGUUGAAUAAAAUGGUCAUCGUUUUUCAUGUGGGCAAAAAUUCUCCAAAUGCUGGUUUUCGUCUACACUACACAUUUGAUUUUAGUUCUUGUGGUGGUGUUUAUACUAGAGAGAGCGGUUCCUUCAGUUUAUUUUUGGAGACGGGAUGCAAAUUUAUUUUUGAAGCCCCUGAAGGGCAGAGAGUUCAUUUGAAAUUUUCCUAUAAUACAAACAGCGCAGAUGCCUUGCCAUCACUUAUAUAUGGAAACGUUUCGGAUGGCUCCUCGUUCUUAUUGAAGAACAUUACAGCUCCUAAACAAGAAGUCGAUGAAACAUUCGAAUUUAAUGUGGUAACACUAUUGCCCAGUGACAAGGCUGUUAUUUCUAGAGCAACGUAUACAUUUCUCAAUGGCUCCCAUGCUUGUGGCGGAAUAUUUAAAACUCUGUACGGUACCAUUAAGAGUCCCAAUUGGCCCAGUUCAUAUGCAGCCGAUUUGGAGUGUAUCUGGACUAUAACAGCUCCACUUGGUUCCAAAAUAGAACUCCAGGUACAAAAUUUCACUCUAGAGCCAGAUUGUGCAGGUGAUGUACUGGAGAUCAGAAAUGGUCAAUAUUCCCACUCGCCCCUAAUAGGACGCUAUUGCUAUGAUCGAAUUCCUUCGCGCAUAACUUCAUUUGGCAAUAGUUUAUAUUUGAAAUUCACUUCGGACAGUUCGGUUCAGGCAAAGGGUUUCCACCUUACUUGGCAACAAACGCAGACAGGAUGCGGUGGAAAGCUAACUUCCUAUAAGGGAUCCAUUCAUACACCACACACGAAUGACAUGGUAAGCAAUGAAAAUCCCGAAGCCAGCAUCAUCGUAUGCGAUUGGCUGAUAAAUGUUGCCCAAGGUUCAUCUAUUCAAGUGAAAGUUAGCUCAUCCUCGGAUAGCACAAAGUUUUGUCGCAGCAAUCGACUUCAAAUAUAUGAUGGUCCUACCACUAUGCAACCUUUAAUGCAUUUCCCUUGUUUGGCUGAUGUGAAGGCCUCCCAAUUGCAAUCAUCAUCUUCCUCCAAUCAGAUUUUAAUCAUCUACAAACUCGACAACUAUACACUGGAUGGGCCCGAGUUUGUGCUGGACUAUGAGACGAAUUGCAAUAUGAGCUUGAAUAACUUGCAAGGUAUCAUCGAAUCCCCCAAUUUCCCAGAACCCUACCCCGAGCUGUUGAACUGUCAGUGGGCCAUAAACGCUGGAUCGAAUAAUAAAAUCCAAUUGGAAUUUUCCCACUUUAGCUUGGAACUCCCAGCGAAUGAGGCAAAUGAGUGCUCUUAUGAUUAUGUGGAGGUCCUAGAUAAGCAAGACACAAAUCUUCUGAAGACAUAUCGCCUUUGUUCUCAAAUGCCGGAGCCCAUAACCACUGUGGGCAAUCAUUUGAUUCUGCGCUUCGUCACCGAUUAUUCUAACAGCAAGGAAGGCUUCCGUGCCGAAUAUUUGCGUUUGGGCUGUGGCGAGGUAUUGACAAGGCAGUCGGGCUAUCUUAAAUCUCCCAAUUAUCCCUACAGCGCCGACAUGGAAUGUGAGUGGUACAUAGAAGUGCCGGCAGGCCGGCAAAUAGUCUUUACCCUUCUCGAAUUUCAAAUGGAUACCGACCAGCUCUAUUGUGACAUGAAUGAAAUGACCAUUAAGGAUGCCAAGAACUCCCCAACAACGCUUUUAUUGCAGUGUCUCACCCUGAAAUCUCCCUAUGUAGUGACAUCGACCACCAAUCACCUGUACAUUUAUUACAAGAGUAAGCCUUCCACAAAUCGCAAAUUUUUCGCAGCUCGAUACAGCACCAAGGAGGCCACUUGUGGGGGCGAAAUAAGAUCCCAUUACACACACAUCGCCUCGCCCCAUUAUCCACACAAUAGCACGCAAGUGCAAAACUGCCUUUGGGAGGUGACGGUGCCGGACGCCCUCAGCAUUUUGGUUUACUUCAAAGACUUAACAUUGGCCUCGCAAGGCGAUUGUGCAAAGAAUUCCUUCAACAUAACCGAAUAUAAAGGCGCCGCAUUCAUUAAGAGCCAAACAAUUUGCAAUUCCCACGAUCGCCUAUUCUUGCUGAGGGGCAAUAAAAUUACAAUUCAAUACCAAAUACAGGCAUCACAACUGGGAAGUCGUUUCUCGUUGAUACUCUCACACUUAUGCGGUGGCAAAAUUGAAGAUGAUUCAGGCAUAAUAGGUACUGCGGGGCAAUAUUGCUCCUGGACCUUCUCUGUGCCGGAAGGCUCCGUCAUAAGCAUAAAUAUAUUGGAAUGGGAUUGUCACUGUCCCACAAAUACUUCAUGUGAUCAUCGAGGCUUAGGGUAUUUGAAAGAUUACAAUAAUACCAGAUUUCGCAGCGAAGAGGCAACCUUCAUGUGCGAGUUACCUCAAACAAAUUUGGUUUUUGAAACGUCUUCUUUGAAACUGUUCACGAACCAUGUUAGUUUUAAGGCCACCUAUUCAACAAUUCAACAUUCAUGUGGAGGAACGCUGAGAAUCGGUCGUGGAACCCUGGUAUCACCUAACUAUCCUGCUUCCUAUCCAUCAAAUGUAGAGUGUACCUGGAUAAUAACGGCAACACUGGGAAAUCUCCUCGAACUGGAGUUCGAAGAGCUGGAUAUGCCAAAAAGUGAACACUGCAACGAAGAUUUCCUAGAGUUGAGAACGGUGUCUAACAGAAAUUUGUUGGGUGUAUUUUGUGGCAAUCAGCUACCUGAUGAUGUAUUGACAUCACCUGAUUCGUUUUGGAUACGUUUCCAAAGUUCAGAGGCCAGCACUGGCAAAGGUUUCAAGUUGAAAUGGAGAUAUGCACACCUCAACGAAAUUACCAACAGGACUUUUGGUACUAUAGUGUCCCCACCAAAUGCACUCCUCCGUGCUGAAGAAGAACCUUUUGCUUGGCGUAUCAUUGUCGAUAGAGAAAAAUUCGUAGAACUGCAUGUUGAGCACUAUUUGGAAGGUUUAAAGCUGCACGAUGGUUUCGACGAGACUGCCUUACCUGUUCAGAUAGCCUCGUCACCUUGGCGUUUUGUCUCCAGUUCAAAUGUUAUUUAUCUUCGAACAGUUCCCGCUAAACCAGGCUACUUUAUGCUAAAAUGGAAUGUCAGCGAUUCAAAGCCCAUAGAUGCCAACACAACCACUUCCAAAUGUCAUGUUGAGAAAAAAGUCGAUUCUCAUGGCAGAAUAUGGAUCAAAUCUCCCAAUUAUCCAAAUGGUUACGAGCCAAAUCUCGCAUGUGAAUGGAUUUAUCAGCCAGCAAAUCCAAACGAGCAUGUGGUUUGCGAAAUAAGGCAUGUGAAUUUGGAAGUAAGCGAUGGAUGUUCAUCCGACUAUUUGAAGGUGUCCACCUCCACUGACAUGAUGCAUUGGCAUGAAGUGCAAAGACAUUGCGAUGUGCCCAAGCCUACCAUAAUUGUCAUCGAUUUCAAUGACCAACAUCCCCCACAAUCACCGUACCUUUUAGUUCAUGGCACUCCAGCACUUAAGCUGGACUUUGUUUCAGAUGAAAGGCUUAAUGGAAAAGGGUUUUCGGCUAGCGUUUACACAAAAUGCGGUUCCAAUCUCACACAGCCCGUGGGAUUUAUCAAGAUACCCAAAAUUAUGGUUGACGAAGAGUGUUUGUGGCACAUAACGGCCAAACCAGGAAGACGAAUACUGUUGCAAUUGAACUUUGCACCCCAAACAACAUUGGGUCAAUGCGACGAGUAUGCCCUUAUAUAUGAUGGCCUCGAUGAACACGCUGCCUACUUGGGGCCAGGAAAAAUCUGCUAUCCCUCGAAUGUAACAGAAUAUCGAUUGAAUUCGACCACCAAUUAUGUGACGAUUAAAUACCAAUUGAAAUGGUCGCCAAUGUUGUUGGGUAGAUGGAAUCUCACCUAUCGAGAAUACUCGGAUUGUAAUGAGGAGUACCGUUUGAUCCCCGAAGCAUCCGUUAUUAAUGUGACAUCACCGAAUUAUCCCAAUGUCCCUCAACCCCACACCGAAUGUGAGUGGAGAGUUAUGGCUCCUGCGGGUGAGCUGAUACAGAUCAAAUUCAUCGAGCGCUUUGACAUGAAUGCCAAAUUUUGUGAUAAGGAAUUUGUGGAGCUGAUUGAUGGUGCCACAUUGUUGGGCAGAAAACUGGGAAAAUUUUGUCACAGACCAGAUACUCUCACCACAACUCAGAAUUUGCUGUACAUGCGCUAUUUGACAGAAACCAGUGAGCCUCGAAUGGGUUUCAAGGCCGAAAUAUCCAUCCUGAAGUGUGGGGGUUCUUACACCAGCCUGAGCGGAUCUAUAAUGUCUCCUGGCUAUCCGCAGACGGGUGCUUAUCCCUCAAACAGCCAAUGUGACUAUGUGAUCUCGUUACCUAGUCAAAAAAAGAUUCGUCUAAUCGUUAGGGAUAUUCAUCUGCCAUUUGAUGCCAAGCUUAUCAAAACACAGGAUUACUUAGAGGUUUUGCCUGUCCCCGACGAAGAAAGCGAACAGCAGUCAAGCGCCAUUUAUAUCUAUGGCAACGCCACCAAGGGCACUCAAUUCGAUUUGAGUGUCAGUAAGGCCGUAGUACGUUUUCAUACCUUUGCCAAAACCAUGGCUUAUAAAGGUUUUGCAUUGACCUACAAUCACCAAAGUGGAUCAUGUAGUCAGAAUGUUGAAGGAACUUCGGGCCACUUAACCAUGCACCUUUUCGGUUGGGUCUUCUAUUCGCCCUUUUGUCGUUGGAGAAUCACAGUGCCCAAAGGUUUGAGGGUUAGUUUGGAAUUUUUGAAUAUGGACGAGUGGACGAACUCAAAUGAAAAAUGGUCACCUCAAUUCGCCAUAUACAAUGAUCAUGCAAUGCUAUCACGCAUCACUUCUUUCAAUGCCAGAAGCUACAAUCAAAGCUCAAGCAUAUUGUCAAGCGACAAUACCAUGCUGGUGCGCGUAUACGCCCCAGGCGGGCUGACAACGGUUAAAACCCUAAGAGCCCGCUACCAUUCGGAUCAAUUUUCAAAUUGUCCGCCAAAUAUCAACAAAGAUGAUCGAGAAGGAAGUGUGGAUAUACAAGAGUGGAGGCCAGAAUUCAGCGCAGUCUAUUAUUGCCGCUCAAAAGCGGUGCCAAAUGAUGGCGAAACUCUGGUGUUUAACAUAAGCAACUUUCAGACAAUUCACCGUAACACAUCUUCCCAAAUAUAUCCUCCAUUGAGUUUUGAGGACGAAUACCUGUCCAUGAUAUACAAGGAAAAUUUUACUCACAAAUUGGUGCCGCUGAUGCACAGCUCGGCUUGGUGGAAAAUCUAUCAGACAGAAGAUGUGCGUGUACACCAGUUAACCAUGACCUACAAACGUCAUUCUUGCGGAGGCCAAUUUGUGCUGGACGACGACUUUUUCGAAGCGGAGCUACCGCCAAUUACUGAUCUUAACUAUGGCCCCAUUGUGUGCAUUUGGUCUCUGGUUAAGCCCUAUGCUUCAUUACACCUUCAUUCGGCAUAUCACCUUUCGGGAAAUUUCACCUUUAGUGACGGCUGCGAACGUGAGUUUUUAAUGAUUAAGGGCAACGAAUGGGAGAGUAGUCCAGUCAUAACAUUAUGCAGAGACAGUGCAGAGACACUCGACAAUUAUGUCAUCGGCCAUGCGCUCACGUUAAUCGUUUACCAAUCGGCCAACUACAGCUCUGAUCUGACCCAAUUCUCGAUGGGAGUUCAGAAGGCCAUCACAUGUGGAAGUGAGACAAGCGUGACCCACACACACAGCAGGGUGCAGAUAGAAAAAGAAACCUACAGAAAUAACAUGGAAUGCGUUUGGAUCUUCAAUACAGUGCCCGGAUUCUAUCUGCAGCUGAGCUUUAAGGGCCGCUUCUUCAUAGAGACUUCGCCAAAUUGCACCAAUGAUUAUUUGGAGAUUCAACAUGAGGACAAUGGCCUCUGGAUUGCCGAUGCUCGUUAUUGUGGUAGAGAUAUUCCGCCUGCCUACAACUCAUCGACAUCUCGAGUGCAGGUUGUGUUCCGCACCAAUGAAGCCAUUAGGGCCGAUGGCUUUUCCCUUCUGGUGCGAAAGCACUGUUUUGUGGUGCUCAAUGUAGGCUCAGAAAUGCAGAGCAUUGCCACUCCCCAGAUAUUUGGCCAUGGCAUACGGCAAUUCCAGUGCGACUACAUAUUCCAGUCGAACAACAGUCAAAGGCUGAUUAGCGUGCGGGCGAAAAACCAAAUGGUCAGCUCGUACAUACGCUACGACCAUUGCCGCUAUGGUUUCACUGUUUACAAGCGCAAUGAACUCGGAGCCGAGCUUGAAGGUGGCAAAAAGCAUUGUGAAGAUGAAUUCGAAGAGAGAUCCUUCAAAUACCUCAGGCUACAUUUUGACUCGCACAUUCUAUUCAGCUAUACCCUCGAAUAUGGCUACGACAGCUGUGGGGGCAACAUCACAACUUCGCCCGCCAACAUACGACCCCUGAAACAUGAGUCCUUGGAGCUAUAUGCCAAUAAUAUGAACUGCAUUUGGCAAGUGACGGCGCCGCCUGAUCGUUCCAUUGCCAUACGUUUCGAAUAUUUUGAUACCGAGGCGAUAUAUGAUCAUGUCUCCAUAUAUGAGGGUAAUGCCAUCAAUGCGGACAAACUUGUGAAGAAACUUUCCGGAAAUCUAACCACUGACUCGCCACCCAUUGUGUUUGUGGAUAACCGCCAGGCUGUUAUAAACUCCAUUUCCGACUUCUCCAAUUCGGCCAAGGGAUUCCGAGCCACUGUUCUUUUCAUCACCAAUUGCAAUGAGCGCAUUUCGCUGACACACGAAAAUUCUCCCGUUCACUUGGCGCGAAGUUUCAAGGUGCAAGCCGGUGAAGAGUAUGUGUGUUUCUAUCGCUUGAGUGCCCCCAAAGGCAAUCGCAUACGCAUGAACUUGAAAAGUCUCCAAAUCAACAAUGACACCGCAAGCUGUGCUCGAGGACCUCUCGAUGCCUGCAACACUUUGGAAAUUCUGGAUAGUGCUGCCCUGGGCCAAGCGUCCAUGGGUAAAUUUCGCAAUGCAACAACAGGUGUUACUCGCGUAAGUGCCUAUGCCGAUGCCAUUGUCAAAUUCGCAGCCAGUCAAGUGGGCCAGUUUAGUUUCGAAAUCAUCCUAACCAUGGAGGCCACAGAUUGUGGUUCUAAUACGGAAAUUCAAUUGGGCGACACUGAGAGAUUUGUCCUAACCAAUGCACGAAGCAACAACUCGGCCACCUAUAGUCCUCACGUCCAUUGCAUUUGGAAAUUUAAGCAGGACCAUUCAGUCCAAGUGCACUUCAAUUUUGUUGACCUGCAAAAUGCCUCACAAGUUACGGGUAAAUGCUUGGACUACCUGUUGAUUAAAGGCCAUUAUAAUUCUUAUGAGCUUUGUGGCCGUAUCACAAACUAUACCGUCACAACCGAUCCCAUUACACUGGAGACCUUCGAAAUUAUCUUUCAUAGUGAUGAGAGCAUAGAAGGAAGAGGAUUUGAGGCAAUAAUUGGAAGAGCCGAUAACUGUAAUCGUACAUACACAGCUCUAAAUGGACGCAUUUCAUACAACAACAAAGAAUGGAAGAGCGAACAAUGUAAUGACACUAUCGCAGUUCCUGAAAAAUACAAUUUGAAUUUUUAUUUCGAGCUAUUCAGUUUUCUUAAUUUCGAUUGCAAUAAACUACAUUUCAGAUUAAGCGAACUCAAGACCAAUAAAACGAUUUAUGAACGAUGUCACAAUGGCUAUGAAAGUGUUGCUGUAUUCACCACUACAAAUGCUGUGCGUAUUGAAGUUUCUGAGUUUUCUUUGAUACCAAUUUUUUACACAUCAAGUGAGCGCAACAUGACGCCCGGCUGUGGAGGAACAUUUCCAUCCACUGAUGGAAUCAUAGCCAGUCCACAUUACGAAAAUGAUCGCAACUAUUCAGAAUGUCGUUGGAUUAUAAUGGUGCCUUCACCAAAUGUGAUAAAGCUUAGAUUUGAUUCUUUCAAUAUGGGUCCCACAACCAAUUGUCAUUUGGAUAAUGUGAAAAUAUUCGAUAUUAUGCCGGAUGGCUCAGAGAAAUUACUUAAAACCCUCUGCGGUCCAGACAUUCCCGAUGGAAUUACUUCAACAUCAAGCCAGUUGGCAAUUAUCUCUAAAAAGUCUCCGAACUUUGAUGGUACAGAUUGGAGUCUCACUUACAAAAUGAGUGCAGCUUAAUGGAA